ACGAUCUGUUUUAAAAUCCGAUUCAUCUUUACAUGCCAUCUGUGAUUUAGAACAGUAGCGUUAUCCGUCGACGGAGCUACUUAAGCGCAGUGCCCAGACGAAAUUGACUCAGUUCAGGGCUCUGGUAUUUGAAGAGGGAGAGAGAAAAUGGACGUGGCGCUGGAUGUUUAUGUCGCUGUUCCGCUCCUCUUCACCGUGCUGGCUGUUAUCAUCGCUUCGUUAUAUCUGAAAUUCAGACCUUCCGAUGCCAGUGUUGAAGAACAGGAUGCGAGUUCUAAAGUUGAUGGGAGUAAAGCCGAUGAGGAAGCAAGGAGGAAAGAUACGGAGGAGGCGAAGAAGCCCGAAGAUGUGAGCCAAGAGCAGGAGGGGAAGAGAGAUGAGGAGCCAGAGAAAGCCAAAGGCAAGCUGCCGGUGGAAGAGAUCGGAGCCGGAGAGGGAAAUCUCCAGAACCAAGAGUCAACUAAAAACUCUGAGAAGGAACCCGCAGCUGCUGAGAAGAGCCCCCAGACUAACGAAGCGAAACAAGAGCCCAGUAAGCCUGAAGAGAAGCUUAAAAAGGUAAAAUGGAAGGCUGAGGGGCGGAAUCUGGCAAAGUAUUGA